UACUUUCCUAUAGACCCUGCAUUAUCACACCCUGAAACGACAAUUUCAGCCUCUGGCUAUGCUGUUUUUGGGAAUAGCAGUUACUCUCUCACUGGCCCCAAAAUGACAUGGGAAGCGGCCAGGAAAAAAUGUCAUUCUGAACAGUCAGAGCUUGCCAGCAUUGUGAAUCCAUACAUCCAAUCGUUCUUAUUGCUACAGGUGUUAAAAUACAAGGAGCCUGUGUGGAUUGGCUUAAACAGCAAUAUGACUGGUGAGCAUUACAAGUGGAUAAGCAACCAGAAACUAGUAUAUACUGAUUGGGGUCCUGAAGAGCCAAAGCAGAAAAUAGCAUGUGUCUACUUACACCCUGAUGGUCACUGGAAAACAGGAAAUUGCAGUGAAACAUUCUUCACUGUCUGUGAGCAGCAUCAUGGCAAAAUCCCAACUGAACCUCCACAGGCACCAGGAAAAUGCCCUGAAUCAAAACAGAACCCGAUAUCUUGGGUUCCUUUUCGGGCACAUUGCUAUAAAUUCUACACUGGCUGGUUUGAUCGCCCGACAGCAUACUUCAAAUGUUCUCAGUUAGGUAGCACCUUGGCUUCUAUAGAAGAUUUAGCUGAACUGAAUUUUUUAGUGGAGCACACACAGCAAAACACACGUUGGAAUUAUUGGAUAGGAUUAAUUAGAAAUAUUGAAGGAGAAUGGUUGUGGGAAGAUAAGACUGAAGUGGAUUUUGUCAACUGGAAAGCGGAUGAGCCCACAUUAGAGCCUGAAGAUUUCUCUUACUAUAGCAACAUCUGCGCUUACAUGAAGGCAGAUAAUGGGGAGUGGUACAAGGGACGCUGCAGAUAUUCUAACGGAUUUAUUUGUAAAAGACACAAAAUUAUUGAAGAAACAACUAAGUCACCUACAGAAAGUACAGAGCAAGAAGAUAGUUCUGCAUCAGCACGUGGCAGAGUUAUAAAGGUGGUUUUCCCAGUGUUCUUCAUCCUCAUCCUCAUUGGUGCAGGCACUGCACUUUAUAUUGUCUACAGAAGAAGAUUUCGACAACAACAAACUACUGGUAGCUUUGACAACACUUUGUAUCAUGACAAUAGGAUUCUUAUUCAGAAUAAUGAUUCAGAAGUGCAUGUGGAGGACAAAGGAAUGUAAUGCUAUAUGCACUUACCUGUGACUAAGUCCCACUGAGCUCAAAAGGAAUUACUUCUGAAUUGACAGGUAUAG